AUGCGACAUACUUAUUUGCUAUUACAGGACGGAUUACCUGAUGGUAAGCAAUCAGCGCCGCCCCUGGACACCCGCAACGGAGAAGUUACAAAUGAGAAGAAAAUAUUGAAAUUCCUAAAGAAAAGCAAGGGUUCCCGGUCUUGGCAUCGAGUCGUUGACUUUGUUGAGCUAAUGGAUGAUGCACCUGAUGUCCUAAAAGCGUUCUCCAUAAUGAAACCACUGAUUGGACAUGAGGACUUCGAUGGAAUUUUGGAAAGUUUACAGAAGAUAUCCGGAGAAAGAGAUCCACAUGAAAUAGCUGAUCAUUUCGCGCACAUCGCUCAUACAAGUGGUGUGGAGGGUCUGAAAAUGGAAAUACUGAAACUGACUAGUGGCCUCGGGCCAGCUGAAUUCCCUAGGCUAUUAAAGGUUCUGCUACCUGAAAUAGACCUGAAAGGAGCCUUCAACCUUCUUCUAUUGGGAACGCGAACUGUGGACAUCGGCGAGGCUAUUCCGGCUCUAAAUAAUUUGCUUAACACCAAAUCGCUGACUGACAGUUUAGUUAUGCUGAAGUCCAUCACUAAGCAGACGCAAACUAAAUAUGCUAUAGAAGAAUUGACACAAGCGGUUAAUAGAGGAAAUUUGAAAGUCAUAAUUGAGAAUCUACAUAAGAUCGGAGGUAGCGACAAUCUAUUGGAAGUGCAAGCUGCCUUCAAAGACGCUUUCGAAACGGACAUAAACUUAUUGGACUUUUUGGAGCUAAUCCGUGUUAACUCGGGCCACGACGAUGUUAUAGACUUUUUCAAAAGACUUAUGUCUAUUACUGGGACUAAAUCUAUCCAAGAAGCGUGGCAAGUUAUCGCUGCAGUGACAUCUAUUGAAGAUAUAUUUCUAUUCUUCGACGAAGUUUACAAAUACACAGCAGAAGAAGUAAUUAUAUUUCUGGAAACGAUAAUUCGAGUUACCAACGCUACUAACAUUCGAGUUGCCGCCUCCAUCCUUAAGAAGAUCGGUGGCGUUGAUGAAUUAUUCGACAUUAUACAGCUGAUAUUUGAAAUUACUGAAAUGGAUAUCGUCCAGUUCUUUGAAAACAUCAUUACGAUCAGCAAGGCUCUCUCCAUCCUCCAAGCGAUAGACUAUAUAAAGAAAAACAAACCACGCAUAGAAAGAACUACUACUACUACUGCAAAAAUAUCUGAAGAGGUCACAGAAGAUAACUCUUCUCUUACAAGUACUACAGAAGAAUCAAAUAGCAUUCCCAAACAAAAUAACACAACAGAAGAAAAGAGUAAACAAGAUAUUUCAACAGCUAAAAUAAUAGAAACUGCACUAAAAGAAGGUACAACCACAACACCCAAUUCUUCUGUAAAGCAAACUCCUGUUCAAAGAGCUUCAAAAGAAACUGGAAGCACAGAAGAUACAAUUGAAAAAACGACGUCCACAAAAGAGUAUUCCAAAGAAGUGAUCACUUCUACGCAAGAAACGAAAGCUUCAAAAGAAUCAACCACUGAACAGAAGACUAAAAUUACAACUACAAAAUCUUCUGUCUCAAGUUCUACUGCUACUAAAGAAGCUGUAACUUCGUCUACGGAAGAUAAUGUAACUUCUAAUCCAAUUUCUAUUACAGAAAAGAUUAGAGAAGGAACAACUUCAGAAUCAUCAACAACUCCAAUUCCUACAGAAGAAUCUGUCGAAAACACUACAAAGCGAGACCAGACUUCUGAAAGUGAAACUUCCAACGAUGUAAAUACCAGUCCCAAAGACACAGAAGCAAUUACUGAAAAGAACAAUAGUGACAAAUCUUCUACAGACACCGUUACUGAAAAGAAAGUUGAAGAAUCAAGUACUGAUUCUCAGACUACUCCAACAGUUAAAGUUAGUACAGAAGAUAUCACUGCUACUUCUUCUAUGGAAACAUCAAGCACUACUUCUUCAGAAGGUAAUAAAACAAACGAAAGUACAACCUCAAACUCUCCUCUUUAUAAUGAAGGUUCGACUACUAAGAAGCCUACAGAAGAUAACAAUUCUCCUUCUGUAGAUGAAAAAUCUACCGUCACAGGUAAAAUUACUACCGAAUCAGUUACAACAACACAAAGCACAAAAGAAGAAUCCAAAAGUACACCUAAAUCAGAAGAUUUAAACCCCGCCCCAGAAGAUAGCACUUCUGCCACCACAAACUCUCCUCUUUAUAAUGAAGCGUCAACUACUAAGAAGCCCACGGAAGUUACUACUUCUUCUUCGACGGGAGAAAAAUCUGAUGUCACUACAGAAGAAUCAAAAACAACAAAAGGUGAAAUAACAACCGAAUCAGUCACACCAACACAAAGCACAAAACAGGAAUCCAAAAAUAUACCUAAAUCAGAAGAUUUAAACCCAGCCCCAGAAGAUAGCACUUCUGCCACCUCAAAUUCUCCUCUUAAUAAUGAAGCGUCACCUACUAAGAAGCCCACAGAAGAUACAAAUUCUCCUUCAACGGAAGAAAAAUCUGCCGUCGCUACAGAUGAAUCAAAAACAACAAAAGCAGCCGAAAUUACAUCCGAAUCAGGCACAACAAUACAAAAACCAAAAGAAGAAACAAAAAGUACACCUAAAACACAAGAUUUGAACACUGCGUCAGAAGAAAAUACUUUAGAGAAAUUCACUUCGACAGAAACUUACAUACCAAGUUCUAGUAGUACAGAAGACUCGUCAUCUGACUGUACGUCUUCUUCUUCUGAAGAGUUCAGUUCAGAAGUUCCUAGCACAGAAGUAAAUCAAUCUACAACAACUAAUAAAGCUGAAAAUUCUCGUGAAAAUUCUUCUGUACAAACUUCUAGUGAGCAAGCGAUUACAGAAAUUACCACUACAACAGAAAAAAAUGAAAAGACAACUUCUUCUCAAUCAAGUGGCAAACAAGAUACAACUGUUGUAGUUAAAACAACAUCUGUUCAGGGAGCAACUGAAGUGCCAACAACAAUUGUAACCACGGAACAACCAUCAAGUGAACAAGGAAAUAUUGAAACAACUCUAGCUGAACAACAACAAUCAACAACAACUACACAACAAACGCCUUUAGACACCACUGAAAGUACUACGACUGAAAGAUCUGCUGAAUCAGACGUAACGACAACAUCUCCUGCGCAGACAACUUCAGAAAAAUUAUCAACAACAACCAGCGAAUCAGUUACUUCUGAACAACCGGCCACUGAAUCUAAUUCAGCGGAUAAAACAACUAACCAACGAAUAACAACUCAACCAGAAACCACAAAAGAGAAUAUAAAUCAAAAUUCUUCUGCACAACCUAUAGAAGACACUACUUCUACAACAGAGGCAAACAUUACUGAUAAAACAACUCAGAAAAUAACUAGCGAAGUCACUUCUGAACAACUUUCAACAACUCAACAAAAUACAGAAACUUCUAUUACUCCAACAACAGCUGCUUCAGUGACAACUAAUCAGGGUUCAACUGAACAAGGAAAAACUAAAUCAAUUUCUUCAACAACUGAAGUUAUAUCAACUACUUCAACAGAACAACAUUACGACGAAUAUGUCAGUUCAGAAGAAUCAAAUUCUUCUGCGUACGAUUCUACAGAAAAUAGCUCUGAAGAGGACACUGAAAGACAAGGGGAAUAUGAUUCAAAAUCGAUUGAAGAUUUUGAAACAUCAGAAGGAGUUACUCACCAAAUGUCUCUGGGUUCGACAACCGAAUCUAAGACAACAGUAACUACAGGACAGUCUAACAUACCCGAUAUAUCAACUUCAACUCAACCUAACACAAACGAAUUAACAACUGAGUUUGUUUCGACAACAUCAGGUAGCGCAGAACAACAACAAAGACAAGUUAAAACGGUUUCAUCAACAAACCAAGGACAAUUUACAACUGAAGUUUCAACAACAACUCAGUUACCAACUACUCAAGAUAAUCCUUCAACAACUGACAUUUCAUCUACAAAAACUACUCCUGAAAUUCCAUCAACUCAAUCUGUAUCCACAUCAACUGCUGAUGAAUCAUCAACUCAGCAAACAACAACAACUCAAAAGGAUGCACCUUUAUCAACUGAUGUAGCUUCCAAACAAAGUCGUACUGAGGAACUAUCAACAACACAAUCAGUUUCUACGGAUCAGUCAGUAACAACAGAGGCAUCUACAACUCAAAUAGUUUCAACUACAACAACUCAAAAAUCUUCAACUGAUAAUGUCUCAGUACAAGAUAUUUCUACGACUGAUCAGUCUGUAGCUACUGAGAUAUCAACUACUCAAUCUUCUUCAACAACUGAGUUAACAACAGCUUCAGAACAACUGUCAACUGAGGUAAUAUCGACUGAAGAGGUUUCUUCAUCAUCGUCAUCAGAGCAAUUAACCAGUACUGAACAGUUCACAACCCAGUCAUCAGUAAUAACAGAAUCAAGUACUGGAACAACCCAAGCAGUUGUGUCAACAACCACUGAUCAGGCGUUGACAACUGUAGUUGUAUCUAACUCAAUAACAAGUGAACACCCAGCUACUGAACAAUCGACACAAUCUGUUUCUUCAACCGAUCAGUCGGCAGCUACUGAGGAAUCAAUUACUGGAGUUAUUUCAACAACUCAGACUUCAACAACUGAGCCAACAGCUACUGAAAAAUCAACAGAAAACGUUUCUACUAAGACUGAAUCGACAACUCAACCAUCAACGACAUCAAAGUCACAAUCAGCUACAGAAGAAUCAGUACAAAAUAUUUCUUCAACUGCUUCUGAUUCACCGUCAACAGAAAAACAGUUAUCUGAACAAACAACAACACAAGCAACUUCAACAACUUCUCAAACAUUCACAAGUAACCAAGAAAUUACUGAAGGAACAACUCAAGAAAACUCUAUCACAGCCAGUAACCAACCAUCAACAGAACAACAAUCAAUUCCAGCCAUUUCAACUACCCAGUCAGUAGAACAACCAGCCACUGAAUCAACAACAAAUAUUCCGUCAACAACCCAAUCAUUAUCUAGUACUCAAAAAGAAACAACUCAAAGUAUUUCAACUACAAAACUUAUUCCGUCAACUGAUAACCCAACAACUCAAGAUGUAUACUCAACGACCACUGAGGCUAAUCCAUCAACGACUGUACAACAACUUAAAACUUCCCCAGUUGUUUCAACAGAGACCACAAAACCGUCAACUGAGUCAGUUACCACAGAAAGAUAUGAAAGAAAGAUUUCAGAAGAAGAAGUAUCUACGGAAUUUGAGUCAGAAGAAGCGUCUACAUCUUCCGAGUACGAUUCACACUCAACUGAGUCAAUGGAAUACCAGAAUUCAUUGCAAAAACCGAAAGAAUCCGAGUCUUAUGAAAAUUCAUAUGAAAUAAGUAACGAAAGUGUCGAAAAAGGUACAAAGACUGAUAAUGAUGUAGAAAAAACAACAACAGUUUUAUCAACAACUGCUGAACAGUCUGUCUCUACUGUAUCCUCAACGACGACUGAGAAAGUUAUUGACGAAUCCACAACAGUUACCUCCACUGAAGAAGCUAAAACUGACAAACGAACUACUGAGAAACUGAAUGAGGAGUCUACAACCACACAAGUUAUUUCUACUGAUCAAACAACUGAGUCAACUUCAACAACAGUUUCUAGUGAUCAAAAAUCUGACUCAACUCCAACAAAAGUUUCUAAUGAUCAAAAAACAAAUGCAGUAAAUGCUAUUACGAAAGAGACCACAGAACAGUCUUCUGAAACAACAACAGAGAAACCAGUAUCAGAUAUAACAACUAAACAACCAGUCAAUAAUGUUACAAACCAACCAACAACAGAAGAAAACCUUUCAACAUCCUCUGAAAUCCCAACGACUCAAGGAUCACCAUCCGAAACACCUAAACCAAACCCUGAACAACAAAAUAGUAAACAACCAACAACAGAAGACAACCAGGCAUCAACCACAACUCCUUCAACAGUCAACUCAUCAACUGAAGAACCAACUAAGACAGUAAAAGAAAAUGAUUUAAAUACGACAACAGAACCACAGAAGACCAACACAGAAGUUGGAAACCAAGGAACGACGACAGUAUUACAAUCAACUCAAGAAUACACUACAACAAAAACAAUCAAAGGAAUAACUCAGUUGUCGACAACAACCGAGAGAACGCAACAACCAGGACAAUUUACCACCACCGACAACGCGCCAACAACAAAAGACGAUUCAGAUAAAACAACAACAGAAAAAACUAGUGCGUUGUCGGAAAAAACCAAUAAUGUUGAACCAUCUUAUGCUCCUGAGCCAAAGCCGCCUGGUCAACAGGGGGUGAAAUUUGAGACAGACGUAAAUAUACCUAAAGCGGGGGGCAAGCUUUGUGUCAACCAGGGACGUAAAGAAAUUAUGAACGCCUUGGAGACUAAUAUGCGAUUAAAGAUCCUACUCCUUCCUAAGGGUCCUGAUGGCAAAAACUGUUAUUGUACGUGCACCAGUAAUACACCACCGGCUAUUAUUCCUUUAUCUGAACUGCCGGAGGAAGAAAAUGAGACAGAAACUGAAGCCUGAUAAAAUAAUAAAAUAUUACUUAGGUUAACCUAACCUAACCUACCUC